UAUACGCGCGCACCACCGGCACUCGGCAGUGUACGCGACGACAACGGCGCGAUAACACAUCAACGUGCACCACUCCGACUGCGUUUCUUUCGGAACAGUUCGUGUAAUCGCGAAAAACAUUACUACCGUAUAACAUUGUUGUUUUGCUAUUUAAAUCAUUUUCAUAAAUACAGAGUUCAGCGAAAAACGUUGUACGGGUAUUGGGCGAUUUUGUGCAAAAGGCGGUAGCGAACCCGGUCGAGUGCAAUGACCGCAUAAUAACAACCCGUCGACAGCGGUUCGGUAGCGUUUUCGCGCCAGUAACGUGCACUGGUUACGCAAAAGGGAGUUUUUUAGUGGACGAUGGAGAAAAGGAUAUCAGGAACAGUAUUUGCCAAUGGUUCAUUUGUCGGGCGGUUGGUGGUGCUUUUAUCCGUGUUGAUAAUAGGACAAUCAGAUGGAAAGGCAUUAUAUCCGUCUAUAUUCAAUUUGGCUUCCCGAGCAAUAGUUACGGCGAAUGCGACAUGCGGAGAAACGGAAAACGGCGGACCAGAAGUAUAUUGUAGAUUUAAUAGUAUUGGAAACGUGCAGACUUGUGGCGUGUGUGAUGCUCGGGCAGGUGACCCAGCCAAAGCUCAUGGACCAGGUAAAGCUGUGGAUAAUAGCACGGGAACUUGGUGGCAAAGUCCGUCUCUUCAAAUCGGCGACCUUUAUCAUUAUGUCAAUUUAGAUUUAGAUUUGAAACAGGUAUAUCAAGUAUCAUAUAUAAUUAUCAAAUUCGGAAUAUCUCCGAGACCAGGAAAUUGGAUCUUAGAACGGUCCAUUGAUGAAGAAGGUUUACGUUACAGACCUUGGCAGUAUUUUGCAGUCAAUGAUGAGGAGUGUAUCAAUAAAUAUGGUAUACCGUCACACACCGGCGAUUACAAAGAUAGAAUCGUACAAGUCCAAAGGAACGCAACUUGCAUUACAUCAUGUUCGCGUUUCAAACCACACGAGAACGGAGAGAUACACAUAAAUCUUGUUAAAGGACAUGGACUUGUAAAUCUUUCAACAACAGACGUUUUAGAUUUUACAACAGCACGUCACAUUCGGUUUCGUUUACAGAAAAUAAUAUUUCCUAAUGACAAAUCAGGAGUUGUGGAUACUACGAUAUUAAGAAAAUUAUUUUAUUCAAUUAGAGACAUUUUUAUAGGAGGGCGAUGUGUAUGUCACGGACAUGCAAAAAAAUGCAAACAAAUAAUACAGAUUGCGGAACCUAGUUGUGAUUGUCUGCAUAAUACCUGUGGUUCAAAUUGCGACAAAUGCUGUCCGUUGUAUAAUCAACGACCAUGGAAGUCCGGUCCAAUCAUUUGUGAACAAUGUCAAUGUUACGGUCACGCAACAGAAUGUCGGUAUGACCCUCAUGUCGAUGCUGAAAAAUCUAGUAUAGACACAAAUGGAAAGUAUUCGGGUGGCGGAGUUUGCAUGAACUGUGCGAAACACACCACUGGUACAAAUUGUGAACGUUGCGAGACAGGAUGGUAUCGACCGUUUGAUAUAGAACCUGAUGAUCCUGAACCAUGCUUACCUUGUGAAUGUGAUGUAGAAGGGUCUGAUGGGACAUGUGUUAGCAGUAAUGACACUGGAAUUGGAUUAUGUAACUGUUAUAUAGGUUACACGGGUGCUAGAUGUGAUGAAUGUGCUCUUGGAUAUGAUGGAUUCCCUGAUUGUAAGCCCUGUGCAUGUGAUGAUCGAGGUAUCAAAACACCUCCUCUAUCUUGUAAUAGUCAAUGUGAUUGCAAAGAUCAUGUAGAUGGUGAUAAAUGUAAUCAAUGUAAAUCAGGAUAUUUUAAUUUAUUGGGAUCUAAUCCAAAAGGCUGUGAUAAAUGUUUCUGCUCUGGUGUGUCCUUGGCAUGUACCACAUCUCUUGGUUUGAAAGAGAUGGUUAUAAACCAAACAGAUGGAUGGCAUAUAACAGAUUUAAAACUAUCAAAUAUUAUAGAACCAUCAAAUGAUACUGAUAUAGGACACCUGUUUAUUAAUAGUUUUGAUGUUCCAUUUGAUCUUGAUACUGUAUUUUAUUGGAUGUCUCCUGAAUCAUUUAAUGGAAACAAGUUAGCGGCUUAUGGAUCAAAGCUCAAAUAUUCAGUUUCAUGGGCUAUUAUGAGAGGUGAUUCAAGUGGUAAAGAUAUGUUUGAUCCAGAAGUUAUCAUAAUUGGAAAAAAAAAUGUUUUAAUUGCUCUUAGCGAAAGAAGUUCAAGGAUGGGUAAUGAAGUUAAAGGUGACAUCAGCUUAACAGAAAAAAAUUGGUUUUAUAUUACAAAAGAUUUUAAAAAUCUUGAAAUACCUAUUGAUAACACUGGUGUAUCACGUGAUCAAUUUCUCUCAAUAUUGUCGGACAUCAAAUACAUUCUUAUAAAAGCUAAAUAUCAUACUGAUCAAGUAGAAUCUAGCUUAAAUGAAGUUACUCUUGGAUUUGGUAGUGUUAAUGGUACUGGGCGCAUAAUUUUAGAUGUAGAAAAUUGUACAUGCCCUAUAGGCUAUUCUGGACUUUCAUGCGAAACAUGUGACUAUGGAUUUGUGAAGCAAAUUGAUUCUUAUACAUCAGAAGUUCUUUGUAAAAAGUGCGAUUGUCAUGGACAUUCUCCAGAAUGUGAUCAACUUACUGGUCUUUGUUCAGUUUGUGAACACAACACUACAGGUGCAAGGUGUGAUGAGUGUCUUCCAGGUUUUUACGGUAAUGCAAAAGAGGGAAAACCAGAUGAUUGUAAAAAAUGUUCUUGCCCUCUAGAAGCAGACUCAAAUAAUUUCAGUGGUGCAUGUAUGAUAAAUUCUGCAGGGGGUUAUAUCUGUACUGAGUGUCCAGAAGGAUAUUCCGGCAUUCAUUGUGAAGUUUGUGCUCCUACAUAUUAUGGAAAUCCUUUAAUUAAAGGUUCAAUAUGCAAACCAUGUGACUGUAAUGGUGCUCCAUGUGACAAUAUGACAGGAGAAUGUACUAACUGUUUUGGUAAUACUAUUGGACUAAACUGUAAAGAAUGCAAACCAGGACAUUUUGGCAAUCCAACUCUAUCAGAUUGUAGACCAUGUGAUUGUCAUCCAAUUGGAUCACUUACUACAGAUUCUUGUAAUAUGGAAACAGGUCAAUGUCAAUGCAAAGAAAAUUUUACCGGAAGAACUUGUGAUCGGUGUGUGGAUGGGUUAGGCAAUACGACAGCUAAAUGUAUAGAUUGUACUUGCAAUCAUAUUGGGUCAAUAUCUGAUUUAUGUGAUCCUAGGACUGGUUUGUGUCCAUGUAAAAGAGGUGUAACAGGAGUUAGCUGUGAUACAUGUUCAAAAGGUUUUCAUUCUUUCUCUAGCCAAGGAUGUGAAGAAUGCAAUUGUAAUAUAACUGGAAGUGUGGAUAACAAUUGUAGCAGUAUCAAUGGGCAGUGCAACUGUCAGUCCAAUGUUAGUGGAAUCUUAUGCAACUCAUGCACAGAAGGAUACUGGAAUAUUUCGAAUAUGGGAUGUCAAAAAUGUCAAUGUGAUGAAAUUGGUGCCAUCAAUAACUUGUGUGAUGAAAUUUCUGGUCAAUGCUCUUGUAAACUAGGAGUGGGAGGUUUAUUUUGUGAUCAGUGCUUACCUGAUUAUUACGGAUUUUCCACUUUGGGUUGUUCAAAAUGUGAAUUAUGUGAUACAUCUGGACACAUUUGUGAUAUGGAUACUGGAAGAUGUGUAUGCCCUCAGCUGACUGAAGGUUCAGAAUGCAAUCAAUGCAUGUCUAAUGGUUUUGGCUGGGAGUACAAAAAAGGAUGUCAAGAAUGCCAAUGUGAUUUAUUUGGAUCUUUUAACUCAUUUUGUCAUAACAAAACAGGAACAUGUACGUGCAGAACUGGCUAUGGUGGAGCUAAAUGCAAUAAAUGUUCGUUUGGUUACUAUGGAUAUCCUCGAUGUCGACCCUGUGCAUGUGAUUAUGCUGGAACUGAACCUAAUAAUUGUAAUGGAACAUUAUGUGGUUGUGAUGAAUUUGGUCAAUGUGAUUGCAAAAUGAAUGUUUUUGGAAAAAGAUGUGAUCAAUGUAAAAAUGGAACCUUUGGACUGGACCAAACAAAUGCAGAUGGAUGCAUUCCUUGUUUUUGUUUUGGUCGUAGUAGUUCAUGUUCAGUAGCAGGUCUUACGUGGAAUCAAAUUAGACUACCUCAAACUCGAAUAUUAACUGUUCACUAUGAUACUAAUAAUAGCACUUUGUACAAUGAAAGCGAUUAUCCAGUCAAUACUCAAGAAAUUUGCUAUAUAAGUCUAGCAAAUCCUGAAAACGAAUUAAAAAUGACGAAAGAAGAACAAAAUCAAUUAUUGGUAAUUAAUAACUUAAAAAUUAUUCCAGGUACUAUAGGUAAUGUGGAAAUAGGUGUGAAGUAUUUAUUUGAUACACCUGUCUACUGGCAAUUACCUUCACGAUUUUCUGGUGAUAGGAUUUUAUCUUAUGGUGGUUACAUAAGAUUUUCUAUAGUCGCUGAAGGUGGAAACACUUUAUUUCCUCAAUAUAUUUUGUCAUCUUACCCAUUAAUUCAAAUUCAAGGAAAUGAACACAUUAUUCUUGAAUAUUUUCCAAAAUUUGUCAAUAAUGGAUCCAGUCAUCAAGUAAGAUUACACGAAUCAUUAUGGCAAAUUAAAAACAAUCCUGAUGCCAAAGUUAGUCGAGAAAUACUUAUGCUUGCCUUACAAAAUAUAAAAUAUAUAUUCAUUAGAGCAACCGAUUCUGUUGACUUUACAAGUGCUACUCUUAAAGAUGUAUGGCUAGAAACCGCAACAAUGACAUCAAGACGAUCUGCACAUCUGUCUGCUUCUCAACUAGUGGAGGUAUGUGAAUGUCCUCGAGAGUACAAAUCAUCUUCAUGUCAAGAUCCCAGUCUUGGUUAUUUUAGAUAUUACAAUAGUUCAGUUGGUGCAACCAUUAUAAUACAAACUGUAGGUGAAGCUAAACAAUGUCAGUGUAAUGGUCGUUCAAAAGUUUGCAAUGUAGAAACAGGAAAAUGUGAAAAUUGUACACAGAAUACAGGGGGUGCUCACUGUGAAGUCUGUGCUGAAGGCUUCUAUGGUGAUCCAUUUGGUGAAGGUUGUCAUCCAUGUCCUUGCCCUUCAGUUAAUAAAAAUUUUGCUAAGUCAUGUAAAAUCAACUUUGAUGGAACAUUAGUUUGUUAUUGUAAAGUAGGUUACAAAGGACCCAUGUGUGAUCAGUGUGAAUACGGAUGGUUUGGAUAUCCACGAAAAGAUGGCGGAACUUGUGAACCAUGUCAUUGUAACAAAUAUGGUAUGAUAAGUGAUGAAUGUGAUGAAGAAACAGGACAAUGCAACUGCAUGCCAAAUAUUACUGGUCGAGACUGUUCUAUUUGCCAAGCAAAUCAUGUGUUGACUAGUAAAGGUUGCACGUCAUGUGAAAACAAAUGUAUCAGUACAUUGUUAAAUGAAGCAACUAAACAAAUGAGGUUAUUAAAUGAAUCAUCUAUUUAUCUUGCUGAAGGAAUGAUUUCUCCCCCAUGGUCAUACUUAUUGUUUCUUGAAAAAAAUGUAACAUUAUUAAACAAUAUGCUUAAUGACUCAACAAAAGCAAAUUUGUUGUUGAUUGAUCUAGCUGAUGAAUUAGAACAAAAUGUUAUGAAAAAAGUUAAAUAUGCUUUUGUAAAGGCUAAGAAAACUCUGAAAGGAUCUCAUCUUAUUGAAAAUGAUGUAGAACUAUUAAAUAAAUUAGCAAAAAAUAGACUAUUAAACACUAUAGGACUUGAAAGAGAAAUAGAUGAGUUAGUUAUAAACCUACAGACAUAUAGUGUAGAAGAAAUAUCCCGAGUAAAUAUAUUAAGUACUCUAGAAGAAGCAAAAAAUUUGUUAAACAAAAUAAACAAUAUUGACUUUGAGCCAUCAGUUGAACCCUUAGUCAUACUCAAGGUAUGUUCUCAAGCUAUGGAAAAUUUACAAUUAAACACAGGGAGUCAAGCUCUGACUAUUGAGCUCAAAAUCAAAUUUGAAAACCUUUUAAAUAAAGUGAAAGACUUUGACCUCAUUUUAUCUAAUAUAUCUGUUAUUUCAGAAUCGGUAAUACAGUUAAAGAAAAACAAUCAAAAAUCUUUGUAUUUGGUCAAUAAAAUUAUAGAAGAUAUUAAUCGAAUGGAAAUUAUGUUUAAUAUACUUUAUGGAGAUGCUUCGAAUGCUAUAAAAAAGGCUAAAGCUAACUUUUUAUCGAGUUCAGAUAAUUUUGAAGAAUUGUUCAAUAUUAGACCCAGAUUAGAAAGCUUCAGAAAACAGUUUAAUAGUGGUAAAAAUAUAGAUGCUCAAUUAAAUGAUGAGUUACUUUUAGUGAACACAGCUGAAAUACAUGCAAGUUAUCUUUUACAAACUGCUCAAAAAUAUGCAGAAUUAUUUAAGCCAAUUAAACACGAUGCAAAUGUCACAUUACAAGCUAGUAAUGCUUACUUAAAUAUUGUUGAAUUACUUCAAUUAGCUCAUAAUUCAGCAAUCAAUGCUAGCAAAUUAGCAGAAACUUCAUAUAAAACUUCAUAUCCAGGAUUAUACCAAGAAAUGUUUUUUCAUAAAACAAAAACUGCUGAAGAAUCAUCAAAACUUGUUUACCAGAACAUAUUAGAAUCUAUGAAAAUUGUAAAUUCUUUUAAAACAGAAUUUGAUUUAGAAAUGAUGAACUUAGAAAACAUUAAAAAUGAUAUACGUCAAGUUAUUAAAAAUGAUAAUAGCAAUUCUAAACAAAUAACUGAACUAGAACAAUCUGAAGGUAUGAAUACUGAAUUUAAUAGGGAGGAUAUUGAUCCUUUGGUUGAAUCAUUGACCAAUGUUGAAACUAAAAUAAAUAAAAUUCAAUAUGACAUAGAUAGUAGACUGCGUCCAGCUCUAUUUCAAUUAAAUGGUGAAGGAGAACCAUCACUGACUGUUGCUCAAAAUAAAAUUGAUGAAGUUGAAAUUAAUGGCAAAAAAGCUAUAGACCUAUUAAAUAAUGUUUUUAAGUCUACUGAAAACUUUAAUAAAGAAUUGUCUUCUUGGAAUGACACUAUGGCAUCAAAACUUGAAAGUCUACGAAAUAAAAUUACUGAAGCGCGUCAAAUUUCUGAUGGUAUUCGAAUCUCAAUAACAGGUCUAGAAAGUGACAUUGACAAUGUUUGUAUUAGAACAUAUCAACCAAAAUUUCUAGAACCUAGUACUAGAACUACUAUAGUUUUGUCAUAUGCCAUAAGCUCUAAUGCGAGAGAUGCACUACUCUUCUAUCUUUUGAGUAAAAGUACCGGUGAUUUUGUAGCCAUUGAAAUGGUCAACCGAAAGAUAAGAUUCCUGUGGAAUGUUGGAGGUGGUAUUGGAGAAAUUACUCAUCCGAUGCAUAUACAAACAGCAAAUGAUCUAAAUAAUGAUCAACAUUGGUACAGAAUUGAAGCUGAACGAGUUCAAAAUGUGGGUAAAUUAUUAAUAAGACCUCAGGUAGUUCCUAGUGGAUCAUCAUUAGCUAUGAUGGCACCAUAUACAAAUAUGUCAGGGGCUGGCAUGGGGCGAUUGGAUGUUAAUUCUGAUGAUAUGAUAUGGAUAGGAGGAAUUGAUAAAGCACCACUUCCACCAUACCUACUCUCUAGGCAAUUAGGUCUAACUGGUUGCUUGCAUCAGGUAUGGUUGGAUGGAUGGCCUAUUGGUUUAUGGAACUUUAAGUCACAACCAUCUGGUAUUUGUAGCGCUUGCAUGGAAGGAGCUGAAGAAGUUGUUGAUGAUGGUUCCUAUAGGUUUUCUGGGGAAGGCUAUUCAGUUUUACACCAUGACAAUACUAUUGCUUACAAUAAAUAUUUGUUCAGUGUGUCACUGAACUUUAAAACUUUUGAUGAGAAAUCAUUGUUAUUCUUAGCUGAAGGAUCACAACCCAACCAAUAUGUUGAAAUCAGGCUUCAAGAUGGAAAAAUUGUUUUUCGUGUUAGUUAUUCAGGUUACUCACUUUUAGAAUUAUCCACCACAAGUAGGUAUAAUAUUGGUACUUGGACAAGAUUGGAAGCAACUAGAUAUUUUGACAGAAAAAAGAAAGUGGAAAAAGGAGUAUUAAAGGUAGGUAGUGAAUCAAAAGAAGGUGUACCAUCACCUCCACCUAAUCAAAAUGACAUACCAGAACUUUCGGAAACACAGUAUAUGAUUGGCGGAGUACCUCCAGGUUUUAAACCCAGCAAUAGCCUAUCUAAAUCAUUUUUAGGAUGCAUGUCGGAUAUCCAAAUAGCUCAACAAGGGUACAAUCCCAUGAGAGGGAACUCAUGGGGUGUACAUUCUACAUGUUCAGAUAAACCUCUGACUGUGGUUGGGUUCUAUGGAAAUGGUUAUUUAGAAUUAGCUUCACAUACUUUAAAAAAGAAAGCAUCAUUUGGAUUUAUGUUCGCUACUUUGCAGCAAGAUGCACUUUUGAUGAUGUCAACAACAGAAAUGCUUAUUUCUGGAACAUUUAAGGAUAAUGAGAACAUUGAAGAAAUCAAUAAUAAUAUAGAACAAGAGAACAAGCUUAAUUACUAUUCAGUAAGUUUAAGACGAGGGCAAAUAGAUAUUAGGAUAAAUGCGGGUAAAGGAGAAGUAAGAUUAGCCAGUGAAGGAUUUGAAUUUGGAGAUGGAAAAUAUCAUUCUAUUAUGGUGACAAAGAAUGGCAAGAAACUUGAACUUCGUAUUGAUGAUGUACUUCAUUCAUUUUCAUCUCUACCUGAAGGAUCAAGUGUGGUGAAAGCAUCAGGUGUUGCAGGUGGCUUGUUUUUGGGAGGACUUCCAACUGAAAUUAAUACUACUGGCAAAGCUGUGUCAAACAUUCCUCUAAUGGGUACAAUUAAAGAUGCAAUUUUUAAUGACCAGCUUUUGUAUUUUGAUUCUCCAAUUGAAUUUGAACAUGCAGCUAUUGGACAAGUAGGCCCAGUCCCACGACCUGGCAGUAAUAUAACAAAUGAGAUAGCAUCCAUGACUUCGCCUGAAAAACUAUCAGGGUGUGGGAAAGAAGGAAGUUUUUCUCUAGAACCAGGAGCUGUUAAAUUCGGUGAUAAUCCACACAGCUAUGUUCAAGUUUCUUUCUCAAAACGACAUAACGUGCAACGUAAUUUUAUAAUGGAUUUUCGAUUUAGAAGCUUCUAUUCAAAUGGAUUGGUGUUUUUGUUAACAGGUAACAAAGCCAGAAGUAAUUAUAUGGCUAUGCACUUGUACAAUGGUCGAAUCCAGUUAGUGUUAAAAGCUCGUAAAAGGAUAGAGUUAUCUACUCAAGCUGUAUACAAUGAUGGAAUGUGGCACAAGGUACAACUGAUUAAAGAUAACAGAACUAUUCACUUCAUCAUUGAUUCAAUAUCUCACGAAAAAUUGAAUUUAACAAAAAAACUAAACUUGGGUAACAUAAUGUAUGUUGGUGGUAUACCUGAAGAAAAAGAUAUACGGAUACCAGAGUUGUUGGAUAUUCAUCCAUUUAUGGGUUGUAUGCAAGGAUUUGCUCUAAAUCAUCAAGAAGAAGAAUUAGUUAGCGAAAAAGCCAUUAGACACAAAGUAGGGCAAUGUUUCCCUCAAGUUGAGAAAGGAUCAUACUUUCCAGGUGAUGCCUAUGCUAUUUACAAAAACAAAUACUAUGUGGGAGCACUACUUGAGUUAUCUUUAGAAUUCAGAACAACUCAAACCACUGCUAUUUUAUUGUCAGUAUCUGAACCAGAAGGAUACCCAGCAUUAUCACUUGAACUAAACCAGGGCAAAGUAGUUUUAUCUGGUGAUAUGGGCGAUCGCCGACCUUUCCGAGUAGAGCAGAGUUUUCAAUCUGACUUUGCUAUGUGUGACAAUAAAUGGCAUAAAAUUCAAGCAUUUUAUGUAGAAGACAAAUUAACGCUCAAAGUUGAUCAAUUUGAACAAAAAUAUUGGCUUUUAGACAAUGGUCAUAUUACUGAAGCACACACAAAUAGCCCUUUGUAUAUAGGUGGGCUGCCAGAUACAGCAUCUAGUGGUACUCUAGGCACAAGAGAAAAUUUUAAAGGCUGUAUUAGAAACCUAAUUAUUGGAAGUGAACGUACUGAUUGGACAGAUAUGGCUUCACUACAUAAUAUCUUAUUAAGUUCAUGUCCACUAGUUAUUUACUGAAAAAAAAAUUUGAAUAUUUUAUUUUUAAAUCAUGACUGUUAACCUUAAUUGUUUGAGCUGCCAUUGUAAAUAUUUUAAUAUUUUAAAAUCAUAAAUUUGUAUAAUAUGAAUUAACAUUUUAUUAUCAAUGUAAAUAAAAUUAUUUUUAAAUUAUUUAAAAUACUGAAUGUAAAUAACUGUUGUAUUAGUAAAAAUAAGGAAUAAUCAAUACUAUAUAAAUAAUAUUAUUAAGCUUUUUAUUUCACUGCCUUAUGUAUAUUUAUUUG